UUCAUUGAGGCAGUCACCGCUGCCCAAAAAACACAGACUCACCAACAUUUCGGAGCUUUUUCCACGAACUUUCCUCAUUUUUAGGAGCUGGGCCGCUCAUUUUCUCUCCGUCGUUUCUCACGCCGACCACAGUUUUGUCACAGCUUUCAUUUCAGACUCCAGAAUGAGUAAAAACAGCAAAGUGUUGAAUCUGAAGGAUAAAAUCAGCGGUAAUGAAGUGGACCUGAGCCUGUGUAACCUCACUGAGGUGCCAGUCAGAGAGCUGGCUUUAUUCCCCAAAGCAACCGUUGUGGAUUUGUCUUGCAACAACAUUACCUCCCUUCCUCCAGAGUUUUGCAACCUGACCCACCUUGUCAAAGUGGAUCUGAGUAAAAACCAGCUUACCUGUCUACCGGAUGACCUGGGGAACCUGGCCAACCUUCAACAUCUGGAUCUGUACAACAACAAGCUGACUGUCCUGCCUGUCAGCUUCUCUCAGCUCAGGAGUCUGAAGUGGUUGGAUCUGAAGGAUAACCCGCUGGAGCCCGUCCUGGCCAAGGCAGCAGGAGACUGUCUGGAUGAGAAGCAGUGCAAACAGUGUGCCUCCAAGGUUCUGCAGCACAUGAGAUCCAUUCAGGAUGAGGUGGAUCGUGCACGAGAGAAGCGCCUGUUGAGGGAAAAAGAGCUGGAGAGGAAGAAGGAGGCGAAGCAGAGGGAGCGGGAGGCCAGAGAGAAGGAGGCUCGUAAAAGGGAGAAGGCAGAGGAGAAGGAGAAGAGGAGGAAGGAGUACAACGCUCAAAAGGCUGCCAUAGCUGCACAAGAACAACAGAAGAAGAAGAGCGAAGAGAAGAAGAAAAAGAACGGACAGGCAGCAGCAGGUAAAAAGGUCGUCGUGGAAUCGGCUCCUAAACCUCGACGUUCUCUCAUUGGCCUGUUGUUCAAGCUCCUCCUCCUGCUGCUAUUGGGAUUGGCCGGCGUCGUCACCGCCUGCCGGCUGACCGACCUGCAGAAGGAAGACGUGUGCGUGCCGAUCAACGUCGCCGUGGACGACAGCCUAUCCUGGGCCAGAGAGCAGGAGGGUGUGGUCAGACAACUGGUGCAAAAUCUGUCAUCUGCUGCGAAGGAGUUUCUUGAAUCCACGCAAACGUCUAAGAACUAAACACUCACCUGCUUCCAUCAAAACUCAGAGCUGCAGGUUUUCCACUCUCACCUGUGAAUCCUAGGAUUUUUUUUUUUUUUAUUUUAAAUAUGCUGAAAUCAUAAUUCUCAUUAAGAUGGGCAACCCUGCAUCCCCUCACCCUGUUUGUGGUGCUGGGAGGUGGAGUCUGUACAGAUUGACAAAGGGGGAUGGACAAAUGUGUCAAAAUCAUCUUAAAUUCCUAUGGAAUUGUUGUCGCUCUUGUAUCCUCUUUGUACUACAGCCUGUUUUUAAAAAAAAAAAAAAAAAAAGAGCCAUCAUCUUAAAUGUCUCACCACCCACCAUGUUUUGCACUUGGACCAGCACCAGGGGUUCGGUUUGUGUUUCAGUGCAUGGCAUGGAGUGCGGGUUGCAUUUGAGAGAUGAUCAGUGAAAUGUCAGGUGGCCCUGUCUGUGCUGCACUGCAGUGUCGAGUCGCAUGUUAACCGCCGGUCAGAGUUGUGCAUCAGCCAAUCAGAGUCAGAUGUGGCAGUCUGAGCAUGUGCAGCGAAGGCUUUGUGAAUGUAGAGCUCGAUUGUCUUUGCUCUCCGCCGCCUUUUAGAGUCUUAAAUCAGUUAAAGCAGCUAAAUCUCACAAAACCAUCUGUCACGCAAACUAAAGCCCAACUGAUACAUGAGCAGAUUUCAACUAAUCACGGAUAUAUAACUGGCGUAUAUGUCGGCUGAUGACUAACAAGAAACUGCAGCAACAAUGCCAAAGACAGUGUUGUCAUUACAGUUUGUCCACCAGAGAGCAAAAUGUCCUGCUAAGUAAGUUAUGCAUCUUGGUCACAACUCUGUAAUAAACAAAUUUAAAGGGUACUUAUAGCAAAUGUUUUUGUAUUUAUUUUAGGGCUGCAGCAAAAAAAAAAAAGUUUGACAUUUUUUCACUAUUUUUGAAAAAUUACUGUAAUGAUUAAUCACUCAUCAAAUAUAGUUGCUGAUUAUUUUCCUGUGGAUGGACUAAUCGUUUCAACCCAAGUUUGUUUGAAAGAAUAAAAAUAAUAUCAGCCGAUAUAUUGUCAUCAUAUUUUUCUUAAACUCAACUCUAACAGUGAUAUCUUUAUUGGCCUUUAAAAUCUGGUAUCAGUCAGGCUCUUGCCAAAGCACAAAAAUGAUGUAUCAGAGAUUUUGCAUGUGUUAACCCUUCUGUUACAUGCUACAUCACAAAUAACUGUUUUGCAAAUCAUGCUUCAGACUUUUGAAUGUCUUGUUCCUGCUUCCCUGCCGUCACUGGUUUCCAUUCAUAUCCACACAGUCUGAAAAGUAGUUAGCAGACUUUUGAAACUUGCUGGAAUUGUUUAAUUCAUCACACUGAACGUGAAGCUUUCAAUAAUUUGUCAAAGCCGUGCACAUUCAAAUCUGCACCUCCAGUAAACAGGAAUGAACUGACUGAUUAAUUUUUCAGACUGUACAGACAAAAUAGAAACCAGUGGCUGCACAGAAGUUUGAAAAAUACAGAAACGCAACAGCAGCACAUUUGCAAAAAAGUUUAUAAAUAUAAAAAAAAGAUUAUAACAAGUAUUCACGUUUUGUUGCUAAGGGGAUAUCACAUAAAUAUAGUAUGGUCCUUUUUGUGCAGUGGUCACAGCAUUUGACUGCAUAUCAUCUGGUGAAUAAAGGACAAACUUUCAAAUGCCUUUCUUCUUUGUAUCUGACAGACAUGACUUUCCUGUUCUCUUUCAGUUUUAACCGGUGAUUUUUUGAAAUGAAACAUUUGCUGCCUUUGCUGCACUGGUUCUUGUACAGCUUUGUCCAUGCUCAAACAUCGUCAGUGUCAUUAAAUGGCUAUGCACUGCAAGAAA